AUAUAUAACCAAAAAUUGUUCCUCAUAUUCAAUUCAUUAUUUUUUUUCUUCUCAAUUUUCAAAUCUUCUAAAUUUUUUUGAGUUCUGAGUUUCUUCAGAGUUUCGCACGCACCACCACCGUUUCUUCUCAUCGCAUCGCAUUUUUUUCUCUCACACCAAACAAACUCUCUUUUCACUGUUUCAAUUAAUUGCGACAAACCAAACAAACCUUAAUCCAAGUUUGUUUUUCUCCGCGAUCAAACCCUCGUUGAAGAUCUACUCAACUUGUUUCCCAGCAUAAUUUUCCUGGGAAAAAAAAUCUGGGAAAUUCAUAAAAUAUGAAGAGGACAAGAGAUGAUAUUUACUCUGCUUCUCAAUUCAAACGCCCUUAUGGGUCUUCACGUGGUGAUUCCUAUGGCCAAGGCCAAGGUCAAGUCCCUGGAAGUGGAGGUGGUGGUGGAGGUGGACUUGUUAUCGGCGGUGGAGGAGCAACUACUUCCCAGAAAUUGACUACAAAUGAUGCUUUAUCGUAUUUGAAGGAAGUGAAAGACAUGUUCCAGGAUCAAAAAGAAAAAUAUGACACCUUCCUUGAGGUCAUGAAAGAUUUCAAGGCUCAAAAGACCGACACUUCUGGUGUCAUAGCAAGGGUCAAGGAACUAUUCAAAGGUCACAACAAUUUGAUAUUUGGAUUUAACACUUUCCUGCCCAAGGGAUAUGAGAUAACUCUUGAUGAAGAUGAAGCUCCUCCGAAGAAAACAGUUGAAUUUGAAGAAGCUAUUAGUUUUGUGAACAAGAUAAAGAAACGAUUCCAAAAUGACGAGCAUGUUUACAAAUCAUUCUUGGAUAUUUUGAAUAUGUAUCGCAAAGAACACAAGGACAUUGGUGAUGUUUACAGUGAGGUUGCUAUCCUUUUUAAGGACCAUAGAGACUUGCUCGAGGAGUUCACUAGAUUCUUACCAGAUAAUUCUGCAGCACCUUCCACACAGCAUGCUCCAUUUGGUCGAAAUUCAUUGCAACGCUUCAAUGAGCGGGGUUCUAUGGCACCCAUGAUGCGGCAAAUGCAAGUAGACAAGCAUCGAUAUCGGCGAGACCGAUUUCCUUCUCAUGAUCGUGAUCUGAGUGUUGAACGUCCUGAUCUGGAUGACGACAAAACAAUGAUGAACUUGCAUAAGGAGCAAAGGAAACGUGAGAGUAGGGAUAGAAGGAUCCGCGAUCAUGAUGAAAGAGAACAUGAUCUUGAUAACUCACAACGCUUUCUGGACAAAAAGAAAUCUGUUAAGAAAGCUGAAGCUUAUGGAUUGUCUUCUGAUUAUGCUUCUCAUGAUGAUAAACAUGCAUUAAAGAGCAUGUAUAGUCAAGCAUUCAGUUUCUGUGAGAAAGUUAAGGAGAAGUUGAGCAGUGCUGAGGACUACCAAACAUUCUUGAAAUUGCUUCAUAUUUUUAGCAAUGGAAUAAUAAAAAGGAAUGAUUUACAAAAUUUGGUGACUGAUUUACUUGGAAAGUAUUCUGAUCUCAUGAGUGAAUUCAAUGAUUUCUUGGAGCGGUGUGAAAAUAUUGAUGGGUUCCUUGCUGGUGUCAUGAGUAAAAAGCCACUCGCUACUGAUGGUCAUUUAUCAAGAUCAGCCAAGUUGGAGGACAAAGAACUCAAGCGUGAGAUGGAAGGAGCUAAAGAGAAGGAAAGAUACAAGGAGAAAUAUAUGGGAAAAUCCAUUCAAGAACUUGACCUUAGUGACUGCAAACGUUGUUCUCCCAGCUACCGACUUCUACCUGCUGAUUAUCCGAUUCCUAUGGCUAGUCAGCGAUCUGAUCUUGGUGCACAAGUAUUGAAUGAUCACUGGGUAUCUGUGACUUCAGGAAGUGAGGAUUACUCUUUCAAACAUAUGCGCAGGAAUCAAUAUGAAGAAAGCUUGUUCAGAUGUGAAGAUGACAGGUUUGAGCUGGACAUGUUAUUAGAGUCUGUGAGUUCUGCUGCUAAACGAGCUGAUGAGUUGUACACCAACAUUACUGAAAAUAAGAUCAGCGUGGAGAGUCUGAGUCGUAUUGAAGAUCACUUUACUGUUCUGAAUUUAAGAUGCAUUGAACGCCUAUAUGGUGACCAUGGCCUUGAUGUCCUAGACAUACUCCGGAAGAAUCCAACUCAUGCUCUGCCUGUAAUAUUGACUCGAUUGAAGCAGAAACAAGAGGAGUGGAACAGGUGCCGUACCGAUUUCAAUAAAGUUUGGGCUGACAUUUAUUCUAAAAACCACUACAAAUCACUUGAUCACCGUAGCUUCUAUUUCAAGCAACAAGAUUCAAAGAACUUGAGUACCAAAUCUUUGGUGGCUGAGAUUAAAGAAAUUAAAGAGAAGCAGCAGAAAGAAGAUGACAUUGUCCAGUCUAUUGCUGCUGGGGCUAAAUAUUCUCUCCUUCCACAUUUGGAAUUCGACUUUUCUGAUGCCGAAAUUCAUGAGGACUUGUAUAAACUUGUUCGAUAUUCGUGUGAGGAGGUAUUCUCAAGUAAAGAGUUAUUCAACAAAAUUAUGAGGCUCUGGAGUUCCUUCUUGGAACCGAUGCUCGGUGUUACUUCCCUAUCACAUGAGACCGAAAAGGUAGAGGACAGGAAAGUAGGACAUAGCGCCCAAAGUUCUGUUGCACCGAAUGCAGGAGGUGACGGAAGCCCUCAAAGAGAAUCAAUUUCAAGGUUACCAAAAUCUGAGAAGAAUGAAGGUGAUGGUAGAGUAACUGAAGUGAAAAAUGUUCACCAAACUAGUUUAGCUGCCCAUGAUAAAGAAAAUGGCUCUGUUGGUAGCGAACUCGUUAGUAGAGAUGAUCUUUUAAUGGAUAAAGGGCAGAAAAGUGUUGAGUGCAAUGAUAACAAAGCCCCUGGAUUUGGUAAGCAGUUUUCCUCUGAUGAACCAGGAGCGAGAAACACCGCAUCUGUUGCAAUUAGAGGUGAAAGCAGUGUGAACAGAACCAACUUAGAUAUGUCUCCAGGCCGAAUACUUACUCCAUCCCGACCUACUGUUGCUGAUGUCUCUGGAGCCAAAGCCAAGUCUCCGAGUGCUAAUCUACCUUUGGUAGAGGGAUGUGAUGCUAUCGCUCGAUCUCCAAUACCAGUGGCCAAUGGCAUGUUAGUUGAGAACAAUAAAGUUAAAAGCUAUGAAGAAUCUUCUGUGCCUUGCAAAAUUGAAAAAGAAGAGGGUGAAUUAUCCCCUAAUGCUGACUCUGAAGAGGAUAAUUUUGUUGCCUAUGAUUCAAACCUGCAGUCAAUUGAAAAGUCAAAGAACAAUGAUGAUAUUAGGAAAUAUGAUGCAGAGGCUGGAGGUGAUAAUGAUGCUGAUGCUGAUGAUGAAGAUAGCGAAAAUGUUUCUGAAGCUGGCGAAGAUGUGUCGGGAAGUGAGUCUCCUGGUGAUGAAUGUUUCCCGGGAGAUCACGAGGAGGAGGAAGAUAUGGAACAUGAUGAUGUUGAUGGUAAAGCUGAGAGUGAAGGUGAAGCCGAGGGGCUGUGUGAUGCACAAAAUGGUGGAGAUGGCUCAUCUUUAUCGUUAUCAGAGAGGUUCCUUUCGACUGUGAAACCUCUCACAAAGCAUGUAUCAGCCGUUUCAUUCGUUGAAGAUGUGAAGGAUUCAAGGGUGUUUUACGGAAAUGAUGAUUUCUUUGCGCUUUUUAGGCUUCAUCAAAUUCUUUACGAAAGAAUCUUAUCUGCAAAAGAAAAUUCAACUAGUGCCGAAAUGAAACGGAAAGGAAAAGAUGCUAGUUCUACGGAUCCUUAUACAAGAUUUAUGGACGCAUUAUAUAAUUUGCUCGAUGGAUCUGUUGAGAAUGCUAAAUUUGAAGAUGAAUGUCGAGCAAUUCUUGGAAACCAGUCUUAUGUGUUAUUCACAUUGGAUAAGUUAAUCUAUAAACUUAUCAGACAGCUUCAAACUGUUGCAACCGAUGAGGAAGACAAUAAGCUUCUCCAAUUAUACGAGUACGAAAAGUCUCGGAAACCUGGCAAAUUAAAUGAUUCAGUAUAUCAUUCAAAUGCACAUGUCAUCCUUCAUGAGGAAAACAUUUAUCGUUUUCAAUGUUCGUCUAGCCCCUCUCGGCUCUCCAUACAACUCAUGGACAAUAUGAAUGAAAAGCCUGAGAUUGCCGCUGUUUCGGUUGAUCCAAAUUUUUCUUUUUAUCUGCAUAAUGAUUUUCUGUCGGUUCUUCCUACCAAAAAGGAGCCUCAUGGCAUUUUACUAGAAAGAAACAAAUCGAAAUAUGGGGACUUAGACGAGCUUUCUGCAAUUUGCGCUGUAAUGGAAGAUGUCAAAGUAGUAAAUGGAUUGGAAUGCAAGAUGUCUUGCAACUCAUCCAAGAUUUCUUAUGUUCUCGACACGCAAGAUUUUUUCUUUCGACCAAGAAGGAAAAGACGAACCUCGUCAUCAUCAUCAAGUACAUCAUCUUCUCGGUCUCGCAGAGAAAGAGAGGAAAGAUUUCGCAAAUUUAUGGCAUCCGCCAUCUAAACUGUAUAUUCGUGAUGAAGAAGAAUUCACACAAAUACUUGUGUUCAUAUAAGAAAAGUCUUGAUGUGACAACAACCUAGGAAAAACAUUUUAAUUUUUAGUCAUAAUGAAAAAAGUGAAGGAGGGAAAAUAUUCAAUAGGAAUGUGUAAUCUGUAUAAGGUGGUCACAUGUAACCAUGAGUGUCACUCCUUUGUAAAUAGUUUGCUUCAUUAUUUAUUUGUAGAAUAUUGUGCCAAAUUCAUAUUUUUCUUCAAUAUUUGCAACAA